GCAGGCGAAUGCGGCGGAGGACGACGGUUGGGCUGAGGUGUCGAGCGGCCGAGGCAAGAAGGGCGGCGGCCGUAAGAGCACCUCCACCUACGCGCCACUCCACCACCAACUCGCCCAGCACGCGCAGCAAACAGCAGCCGCAUCCGCAGCAGCGGCAUCAGUCGCAGCCGCAACGGCAGCUGGCUCCUCUUCUUCCUCCUCUACCACAGCUGCCGCAGCCGCCGCCGGAACGGCAGCGGCUAUGGCGGUGGUGUUGGGCGGUAAGCCGCUGGUUCCCUCCAUGCUGAAUGGCAUCGUGGCGGCCUUCAACCCGCGCAUCUCCAUUGCUGCUCCGGCGGCAACAACAGUGGGCGGCGGAGCAGGGCGGCCCUCCAUGGCACAGCUCGUGUCCAAGGGUGGACCCAUGGGUCGCGCCGCUCUGCUGGAUCAGCAGGAGCAGCAGGACGCGCAGGAGUUCUUCCAGUUCCUGGUAAACCGCGCACAUGAGGAGGUGGUGGCGCUGCGGAAGGCACAUGGGCUGGUUCCUGAGGCGGCAGCGGGCGCCGGCGGCAGUGGGGCUAGUGCGGGCGGCGGCGCGGAUGGAGG